AUGCGAGUUGCUGGUGAGCCUGUGAUGAACGCGCAGCAGAGGCCUUGGCAGCCUUCCUCCCCGCAUCUGCGGGAUGAGUUGAGCUUACAAAUCAGCGUGCCUGUAGCCGUGUGUGUUCCAGAACAGGACGCCUGCUCGGAGGGGCUGAAGGAAGCCUGGCUGAGGGAAAAUAUACUUCUAUUUUCACAGAUUAAGCUGCCACCAAUGAUGGAAAUCAUAACGGCUGAACAGCUGAUGGAAUACUUAGGAGAUUAUAUUCUUGAUGCAAAACCUAAAGAGAUAUCUGAAAUUCAGCGUCUAAAUUAUGAACAGAACAUGAGUGAUGCAAUGGCGAUUCUACAUAAGUUACAGACAGGUCUGGAUGUCAAUGUGAAGUUUACAGGUGUACGAGUAUUUGAAUACACACCUGAAUGCAUAGUGUUUGAUCUUCUUGAUAUCCCCUUGUACCAUGGAUGGUUAGUGGACCCUCAGGUUGCCGACAUAGUAAAAGCAGUUGGUAACUGCAGUUACAAUCAGCUAGUGGAGAAGAUCAUUUCUUGUAAACAGUCAGACAACAGUGAACUGGUCAGUGAAGGAUUUGUAGCUGAGCAAUUUCUGAAUAACACAGCUACACAGUUGACAUACCAUGGACUGUGCGAAUUGACUUCAGCUGUCCAGGAGGGAGAGCUUUGUGUGUUCUUCAGGAACAACCAUUUUAGCACCAUGACCAAAUACAAGGGUCAGCUUUACCUGCUGGUAACAGACCAGGGCUUUCUUACAGAAGAAAAAGUUGUCUGGGAAAGCUUACACAACGUAGACGGUGAUGGAAACUUUUGUGAUUCUGAAUUCCACCUACGGCCUCCAUCGGACCCUGAAACUGUCUACAGAGGGCAGCAGGAUCAAAUAGAUCAAGAUUAUCUGAUGGCAUUGUCUCUACAACAAGAGCAGCAAAAUCAAGAGAUUAACUGGGAGCAGAUCCCAGAAGGAAUCAGUGAUCUAGAGCUAGCGAAGAAGCUCCAGGAAGAGGAGGACAGGAGAGCUUCCCAGUACUAUCAGGAACAAGAACAAGCAGCUGCUCAGGUCCAGCAGGUUCAAGGCGCUGCUUCUCCAGCAAGCGGAAGACAAUCUGGCAGCAAUGAGCGCAAACGUAAAGAGCCUCGGGAGAAAGAGAAAGAAAAAGAAAAGAAUAGCUGUGUUCUCUUGUAAGAGAAAAGUGGAUUUAGUCUGGACCCAAGUGCAUGUCCUCAGAAGCAAAACCAAGGAAUAAAAAGGAAGACAAACCCGUUACAUGCCGCCUGUGCCUGAUUACCCCAUGGAUUUUGUUCAUGUUUCAAGAGAAGAUGGGUGACUUUGUUACAAUCAUACAGACCUUCUUCAAAGUCAUAGUGCGUGCUGCUCAAGAUGGAAUUCCAAAUCACAGUUGGAUGCGGCUGUGCUUUGAGUUAGUCCUAAGAAAUACUGCACCUUGUAGCUGAACACACAAAUCAUGGCAAGUUUUGUGUCAUAGUGACAUCCAUUACUCGUUAUAUCAGUUAGUAAGCUAUUUUAUCUUCUACUCUAAAGAAAGGAGGUAAUUCAUUUUGUGCAAGACUUUUUUCCUGAAGUCUGCACACUAGCACAACAAGAGUUCUGUGUUCCUUACAUAGUAUGAAACUAUAUCGUAGGCCGGGUAUAGUCUUCACGACACAAGAGCCCAAAUAACAGCCGGGCACUGCCUCCUCAAUGUGUCCAGAUCUCUUUGCUUCUGGAUCUGGUAUGUUCCGUUUUUUGAACCCAGAUUUAUACUGUGUUACUGCUAUCAUUGCACCUCCUGGCCAGAUUUCUUGCCCCAAGAAGACGUGACUUGCUAGGCAUAGUACAAAAAAUUGUUGUAGAAAUUGGGGCAUUUAUUAAGAAGCAAGAUGAAUAUUGUUUGCUUUUCUUGCAAUUACGAACUGGGUAUGGCAACUCAGAUGUUAUCAGGGUUAAACAAGUAAUUUUAUAGGUAACUUUUCCAUUUAGUAUCUUUUCUCCUGUAGGUAAACUGGACCAGAUAAGUUCUUAUUUAUUGACCUCUCCAUAUGGUAGAUGAAUGAUGAGAGGGAACUAAGGUCUAUAAUAAAUGUUAUUCUAUGUAAGAAU